AACCACAUAAAACCACAAAGGUUCUUUAUCGUUGAUCACUAAUAUAAACCUUAUGGCAGAAUUCAAGAGAAAGUUCAACAAAGGUCAUGCUUUUACAAGCAAAUGUGUUUCCUUGGUGAAGGAACAACGAGCUCGUCUCUAUAUUCUCCGCCGUUGCGCUACCAUGCUUUGCUGCUGGUACAUCCACGGCGAUGAAUAGAGAGAACGCCCUUGAGUUCAUCCUUCAAAUUACAUAUAGCUAUAUAUAUAUAUAUAUGCCACUCCUCCCCACCUCUUCUUCUUGAAUCCAUGUUGGUGUUGGUGGUUGCAUGGCGUGAUCCCUCUCCAUAAAUAUUUUGAUUCUCUCUUCUAUUGGUGCAACCCUGCCUAAUCUCCUCUUUUUUAACCUAAAGAAUGAAUCUUUGGUUUUUUUUUUCAUGAGUUAUUUUGCGUGAGCCAAAAUAGAGAGAGACUUUACCCGCCGAUUGAGCUGACGGAGUUUUUACUGUUUCUGGAACAUAAGGAGGGAGAGAAGCCAUGGAUGAUGUUAUUAUGUGAGAAAAGGAGUUCAUACUAUCAAAUCUUCUGGAA